AUGAGGGAAUAUUCACGGCUCAUCCACUUUGAAUCAGCAGGCGAGACGUUUUUCGCGGAUUUCCCUGCUGCUGAAACUGCUCUGUCAAUCGGUAUAUCAGUUAGGGCCCACAAGAUCUUCGAAGAAUGGAUCAAGAAUGAGAAUCCACUCGAAGUUGUGGUUGAGAAGCUUCUUCCACCGCUGCCGCGAAGCGAUCUUCCCAUCUACUGUGUCGGACUAAAUUAUCGAUCUCACGCAAAAGAGGCCAAGCUCAAUGUACCAAUGAAUCCACCAGUUUGGAGUAAACCGUGUGCAUCACUGGCGUCGCCCGAAGAAGAGAUUUCAAUGAGUCGCUAUUGCGCAUCUAAUUUCCCAGACUGGGAGGGAGAACUCGUUUUCGUGACAUCACGAGAAUGUCGAGACGUAACGCCGGACGAAGCCGAAUCAUGUAUCCUGGGAUACACAAUAGGAAACGAUCUCAGUUGUCGCAUCUUUCAAAUGGCCGAGCAAAAUGCUGGUCAGUUCUUUUAUGCGAAAGCAUUCGAUAAAUUUGCACCGAUUGGACCAGUUCUGGUCAGCCCGGACGUUUUUCGGGUGGACGAGAACACCAAGUUGACUACACGAGUGAACGGCCAAAUUAUGCAGGACACCCAGAUUGCAAGAGAUCGAAUUUUCUCUCCGGCGCAGGUCCUCAGCUUCAUGAGUCAAAGCACAACGAUACCCGCAUACACGGCUGUCAUGACUGGCACUCCAGCUGGCGUUGGUGCUUUCAUGAAGCCAAAACGGUUUCUGCGACAUAAUGAAGUUGUUGAAGUGCAGAUAAGUGGUAUUGGCAUCCUUCGGAAUAAGAUUGUGUUUCCCGAAGAGAUUCGGCUCGCUGACAAACCUCCUGAAAUAAAGCUCGACAUUAUUCCGAGCUCUUACUGGGAUGUUAUGGUAUCGCCUGAGCUCGUGGAGAUGACUUCAACGUUGUAA